AUGAACUCGCUCUACAAUCAGGCAUUGCGGCAGUUCUCGUCCAUCCAAUCCGACAUAUCCCGCAUCGAUUCUGAGGGCUCCGCCGCCUCUUCAACCGCAUUCGGACCUGUCACCGUCUCCCUGUCAUCCCUCGAGCGAACUAUUGACGAAUACGAGAACCUCGCCAAGAAGGAGCUCAUCCAAUCCAAGCAGGAGAAAGCGCUCACACGAGUCUCCAAGUUCCGAACCGACUACUCCGAGCUCUCCUCCCAACUCGCACGUCUCAAAACAAAAGGUUCGCUCUCCAACGGCAACCACUCCUCUCCCUCUGCUUCCUCCUCUUCAACAACGCUCCGGUCCCCUACCAACGCUGGUUUCGGUCAGAAUGCAAACCGACGCGUGUCCGCCAUUGCAGAAUCACCGUUCAGCCUUCACGCCAGGAACUCCGCAUCUUCACCCUUCAACGAUCCACUAGCUGCGUACAAGAUGAACGCUUCCGCCGCAGCCAUGUUCGGCAACGAAGGGUUUUCGGCGAGGGAAUCGCACGCGUUGAGGGAACACUCCUUCAUCCAACAGACCGAAGCUCAGUUGGAUGCCUUCAUCGCACAGGGUAGAGAGGUCUUUGGCAACCUCGUGGAGCAAAGGGGCAUCCUCAAGGGAACGCAAAAGAGACUCAGAGAUGCUGCAAAUACCUUGGGUCUCAGCAGAGACGUCAUCGGCUAUAUUGAGAGGAGAAGCACUCAGGACAACGUCAUCUUUGCAGUAGGUGCCAUCUUCACGCUCGUUUGCUUUUGGUACAUCUACAAGUGGCUCGGAUGA